AUGAAGCUCAUGCAGAUGGCGACCUCUACGGUUGCCAGCUUGCUUUUAAAACGACAGUCUGUUGGCACUUGCGCAUCUCCAUGCUACGCGGUCUGCGACGCAGCUUUAGAGCUUGCGCAGGCCAUAGGCUUCGUUUAUACAACCUUGUGCUCAACGGGCUCAGCAUUCCAAAAUGCGACCGCACAGGUUCUAGCGUGCAAUCAGGAGUAUGCGGGCAGCAACUCGAGCUACAGUUCCUUCCCAGAAUUGCAAACCUAUGAAGAUUGGUGUGCAGCACACUCUCCGACUGCCACUCAGACAGUAGCCCCCUCAAUCUCACCAGGUUCCCCGACCUUUGGUGUGCCUUCAUCGUCGGUCGACAUAUCCUCCUUCAGUUCAGCCGCAUCAACUCCGGCUGUCACAACUCCUCCCUCUGGGCCCACGAACCCCAGCCCUCAUUCGCCCGAUACAGUGGCCUCUACACACGAAAGUCACACGGGUGCCAUUGCUGGUGGAGUGGUAGGAGGGGUCCUAGGACUGGCCUCGCUUGUUCUCGUGGUGUUUCUCUUCUGGAGACGACAGCGCAGAAGGCGGGCACGAACCAACCAGACGAGUACUGCCACAGAAAAGGCACAGCUUCACGCUGACGAUGUCAAGCCGGACCGUAAAGAGCUUCCAGGCACAGAGGGUUCGCAGGACUUGUUGCAGAAGAAACCUACAGAAGUAGCCGAAAUGGCGGCGAAUGAAGAGGUGGUGGCGAGAGACAAGCUGCGAGAAUUGCCUUCGAAUGAGACACCGAGUCAUGAGAUGGAGACGACCGAGAAUGAGAUGGCAGCUCUUGACCGAAUGGCGCGAUUGACGGGCUCGACCCAAGCGACAACCCUCGUUAGCAGUAGGUCCAAGACUGACGAUACGCCCGAAGCUUGA